GGCCUCCCAAGAAGAAAAUGCGCACCCACUGCUAAACGACGGGAGUAAAUUCCGAAUAUCGGUAACCCAAGACAACACUGGGGGCGACAAUGGUGUGCUGUAUGCGACCUGGCCAAUUGCGCUUCUUCUAUGCUUCUGCUACACAGGCACAACUGCGGACAACUGCUGCAAGGCGAAGGAGAGGAUGAGACACCACAAAGGAGGGGAAGUCGUGAGAGACACGUCUGGCGCCGGGCCUGCAAGGAGCGAAAGUGAAGGAGAGUGUAAAAGGACAGACGGACCAAGGACGCGCAGCGUAUGGAAGAAUUAGAAGCGAAGUCUAAAAGGGAAGAAGGGAGGGCGACGAUAAUCGUGAUGUUCAGUCGCUCAUUGCCAUUUCGAAGGGAACGUCUUAAGGCAGAUCUACAGACAAGUCGCCCUCCCGAUGCCCAUCCUACGCCCGACACAUGCUUGAGCCAGGAGAAAACCAGGAGGCCGCGCAGCAAUUGGCCGCGCUUCGAAGACGCAGCGCUCCCUGUUCGAGUUGUGAGGUUGGAGUUAGCGGGGCCACGGUUUGUAGGCCGCACAUUGGCUGUCUGGGCGUUACAUGUUGCGAGUCCACCCCUGAGACAGGAACGCGCUUCAGCUCACGUAGGACGAGAAACGUACGUUCAUCAGACCUGGCGCGCGCACUAUUCAGGAACGGCGUCUACAAAUUGCAAAACGGCGUCUGCCUCUCGCUUCUGUGUGGCACGGCAUCUGGUUCCUGAGACCCCCCCUCACGUGCCUCGAUGCUGCUGGGUCUUGAUUGCCGUCUGCCUCCUGGUCUGAUAAUCGGUCGAGUAUACCUCCAUGGACCUUUGAAACUUGACUUCAAACAUAUCUCCUUUCCGUCAAUCAUAUACAGCCCUCCCCACCGUCGACCGUCCGGGAACACGCAUACCCAGCAGCCGAAAGAGAGCUCAAUCGCAUGAACUACCAUUGUUUCAUUACUUCGUCAUCUCU